UCAGUGCUCAGUUGCUCAACAGUUGUCCAAGCGAAAUGUUUCACUGUAAAUUGCUCGUCGUAACUUUGCUGCUGUUGCUGCCAGCUGCGCUGUGUGAACUUUCCAUAGUAGCUCGUGAGGAUUGGCAGGCGAGAGCAGCAAGCGAUGGCUUGACAGCCAUGGAGUUGCCGCUGGAGCGAGCAGUCAUAGCGCAUACGGCAGGACGUGGCUGCAGCGAUGAUGAGAGCUGUGCAGCUCAAGUGCGUGCAAUACAAAGUUUUCAUAUGAACGGACUCAAAUAUUCGGACAUCAGUUAUCAUUAUUUAAUUGGCGGCAAUGGCAAAGUCUACGCCGGACGCAGCAGCAGUCAAAGAGGCGCCAUAGCAGUGGGCAAUAAUGCGGGCAGCUUGGGCAUAGCUUUUAUAGGAAACUUUGAUGCUGCAGCUCCCACUGAGGCAGCUGUGGCAGCUGCGCAGGCUUUGCUGCAACAUGCUGUAGCACAAGGCGAGCUGAAGGCAGAUUAUAAGCUGCUGGGGCAUUGUCAGCUGAGCGCCACUAAAAGUCCUGGCGACGCGCUGUUUGCGCUGCUCAAAAAGUGGCCGCAAUGGAGCAACAACGUUUAGUACACAAUUUACUUAAUUUCUAAUUGAAAAAUACAGCAUUAUUUUGUUUUUAGUUUUGUAGUUUUUCGACACGUAAAGACCGUUUCCUUACACAUUUAUUUUGUAAAUAUAAUUAUGUAUAAUUUGUUUGCCUGCUUAAUUACGAAUACUAAACUUGUAAUUUUGUUGAUCAUCAUCUGAUUCAAUGUUUUUUUUAGUUAUUUGUUUUUCAUUUCUUUUAUAUCUCGCGCCUAAUUUUGUUUGCAAUUUUUAAAAGCUCCCCGGGAGCAACUGGGCCACAUUAGAGAUUUGAGACAUCACAUAGCAUUUCACAAAACAAAAAAAAUAAUUACAUACGAAAAAUAUAUGUUUAAUUUAUAUAUAUAUAUAUAUAUAUAUGUAGC